AUUACAUGUGGCAUACCAAUUAUCAUCAUGCCAUAAGUCAUAAAGGAAGCAGCACAUGUGAUUCGGGGAACAAGACAAGCAUGAAUUAUUCAUAUUCAUGCUUCUUAUUUCACUUUUAGGAAUACGAUCAUUCUGCCAUUUGAAGACCCAUUUGAAAUUACAAAAAUAAUAUUAAUGCUAACGUAAUCUGGUCAUCAAUUGCCAUUUUUAAUUCAACAUAGUUCACACGGUGCUUUGAGUUAUGCACAAUAUGGCUUCAGUGAAUGCUCCAACGCUACAGUUUAAGAAUUCUGCUCUCUUUGGAAUUCAUCCAAAAUCGUUUAUAUGCUUUGAGACACAAAAUAGUAGUAUAACUAAGAAACCUUUGGUGAUUGAAGCCAGAGCAAAUACUAGAACAGAAAGUGCAAAAAUUCGGAACAGAAGGAUGCAGAAAAAGUAUAAUGGAACAGCUACACAGCCAAGGCUUUCAGUAUUUUGCUCAGAUAAGCAAUUAUAUGCAAUGCUAGUAGAUGACAAAAAUAAAAAGUGUUUGUUCUACGGAAGCACAUUGCAGAAAUCUAUCCGAGAAGAUCCUCCUUGUAGCACUCUUGAAGCUGCUCAACGUGUUGGGGAGGCACUUGUCAAAGCUUGUGUUGAUCUCAAUAUAAAUGAAAUAUCAUCCUAUGAUCGCAAUGGCGUCCGUCGUGGAGAAAGGCUACAAGCCUUUGAGAUUGCCAUUUCAAGUUAUGGAUUCUUGCCAAGAUAGUUUUGUAGCUGAUAUUGCUGCCCUUUUGUGAAACACUUGAUUAUAAAGAACUCCUAUGUUGAAGUUGAUCUUGUUAGGUUAGGACAUGAUCACUUUUCUAGAAACUAGAAUAUUGGGUGGCGAUCUCGCGUGGUUGAUCAUUAUUGUAAGAUAAACUUUGAAACGUCUGACAUUCUUCAUGACAAAAUAAUAUACUUAUUUGAAUCCUAA